UAGGCAUUUACAAUAUUUCAAAUCAACCAAAAUCGUUGAACACAUAAUAACACAACAAACGUUUGAAUUAGUAUUAUAGAUUAGAGUUACGCCAAAAUCAGCAAAAUGGAUGAAAUGGAAAUUACUAGCGUGGGCCAGUUCCAAACACUGGUCCGCUAUAACAAUCCAGUGCUUGUGGUUAAGCAUCCAGACAAAAAGGGCGCUCCGUUGACGGAGCUGGAAAUGAAACGCCCACAAACAGCGGGCGCUCUAUUGGAUACCAAGAAGGAGACAGAAGAGAUAUUAAACUCAAUACUGCCGCCACGCUGCUGGGAAGAGGAUGGCCAGCUGUGGCAGCAAUCUGUAUCCAGUACACCAGCAACACGUCAGGAUGUUAUUAAUCUACAGGAAAUGCUGGACACACGUCUGCAGCAGACGCAGGCACGCGAGACAGGCAUCUGUCCGGUGCGCCGUGAGCUCUACUCUCAGUGCUUUGAUGAAAUUAUACGCCAGGUGACCAUCAAUUGCUCGGAGCGUGGUUUGUUGCUGCUGCGCAUACGCGAUGAGAUUGCCAUGUCUAUGGAGGCCUAUGAGACUCUUUACUGCAGCUCUGUGGCCUUUGGCAUGCGCAAGGCGCUGCAGGCUCACGAGGAAAAGGAAAUGCUGCGUGAUCGCGUCAAGACGUUGGAGCAGGAAAAGGAAGCUCUUGAAGAAAUCAUUACCGAUAUGAAAAUGAAACAGGAGCAGGCCGAACGUCGCAAUGCUGAGCUGCGUGCUUCCGAGGAAAAGAAAUUCACCGAGGAGAUUACUUUCCUCAAGAAAACCAAUGCACAGCUCAAGGCGCAACUGGAGGGUAUUACUGCGCCCAAGAAAUAGUUUUCAAUUUUGUUAUUUUUUAUGUAUUUACUUUUGUUGUUUGAAUUUAAUUAUACAACGAACGCAACUAGGCGUCAGUUGGUGUCUUCGCUGCUGCCUCAGUGGGCGCUGCGGGAACGCUCUCUGACUCCUGCGGUGCCAUUUCAAUGUCA